AUGCUCAGUGUCUCUUCUCUGGGCACAGGUUCAGGGCGUGGGGAGGCUGAGACACGGGAGUGCAUCUACUACAACGCCAACUGGGAGCUGGAACGCACCAAUCAGAGUGGCUUGGAGCGCUGUGAGGGUGAGCAAGACAAGAGGCUGCACUGCUACGCCUCCUGGCGCAACAGCUCAGGCACCAUCGAGCUCGUCAAGAAGGGCUGCUGGCUGGAUGAUUUCAACUGCUACGACAGGCAGGAGUGUGUGGCCACCGAGGAGAACCCGCAGGUGUACUUCUGCUGCUGCGAAGGCAACUUCUGCAACGAGCGCUUCACCCACUUGCCGGAGGCUGGGGGCCCAGAAGUCACGUACGAGCCACCCCCGACAGCCCCUACCCUGCUCACGGUGCUGGCCUACUCGCUGCUGCCCAUUGGGGGCCUCUCCCUCAUCGUCCUGCUGGCCUUCUGGAUGUAUCGGCAUCGUAAGCCUCCCUAUGGCCAUGUGGACAUCCACGAGGACCCUGGGCCUCCACCCCCAUCCCCCCUGGUGGGUCUGAAGCCACUGCAGCUGUUGGAGAUCAAGGCUCGUGGCCGCUUUGGCUGUGUCUGGAAGGCCCAGCUCAUGAAUGACUUUGUGGCUGUCAAGAUCUUCCCACUCCAGGACAAGCAGUCGUGGCAGAGUGAAAGGGAGAUCUUCAGCACGCCUGGCAUGAAGCAUGAGAACCUGCUGCAGUUCAUUGCUGCUGAGAAACGAGGCUCCAACCUUGAGGUGGAGCUGUGGCUCAUCACGGCCUUCCAUGACAAGGGCUCCCUCACGGAUUACCUCAAGGGGAACAUCAUCACAUGGAACGAACUGUGUCAUGUGGCAGAAACGAUGUCACGAGGCCUUUCGUACCUGCACGAGGAUGUACCCUGGUGCCGUGGUGAGGGCCACAAGCCGUCUAUUGCCCACAGGGAUUUUAAAAGCAAGAAUGUAUUGCUGAAGAGUGACCUCACAGCUGUCCUGGCUGACUUUGGCCUGGCUGUUCGGUUUGAGCCAGGGAAACCUCCAGGGGACACCCAUGGGCAGGUAGGCACCAGACGGUACAUGGCCCCUGAGGUGCUUGAGGGAGCCAUCAACUUCCAGCGAGACGCCUUCCUGCGCAUUGACAUGUAUGCUAUGGGGCUGGUGCUGUGGGAGCUUGUGUCUCGCUGCAAGGCUGCAGAUGGACCCGUGGAUGAGUAUAUGCUGCCUUUUGAGGAGGAGAUUGGCCAGCACCCUUCGCUGGAAGAGCUGCAGGAGGUGGUUGUUCACAAGAAGAUGCGACCCACCAUUAAGGAUCACUGGCUAAAGCACCCGGGCCUGGCCCAGCUCUGUGUGACCAUUGAGGAGUGCUGGGACCAUGAUGCAGAAGCUCGCCUAUCUGCAGGCUGCGUGGAGGAGCGAGUGUCCCUGAUCCGGAGGUCGAUCAACGGCACUACCUCGGACUGUCUUGUCUCACUGGUGACCUCUGUCACUAAUGUGGACCUGCCCCCUAAGGAGUCCAGCAUCUAAGCCCAGGACAUGAGUGUCUCUCCAGACUCAUUGGAUCUGAAGAAAAAA